AUGUCUACAGCCCAGGGAGGGGGACCUGAUCCCCAGGCGAUGCAGGCGAUGCUGGCGCCCGCUCUGACAGUCCAUACCCCCGAAGAAGCUGCGGCAGAAUCCAGCUCGCGAGCAACUGUGCGCGAAACCACCAGACCGACGAGCGUCGAUUUAUCCCGAGAGGGCGCUUCAGAAUCAAGCGACGAGGGAGAUCGAGGAGUUCGCAUGAGCCCCGCUGCGGCAAGACGCUUCGCUCGUCGCAACUUGAGGCGGACAGCCGCCACGCCAGACCUUGUCACCAGUCUGGUCAGACCACCAUCCCCAGAAGCCUUUUAUAUUGCUCAAGAUGCCCACGGUCAUCCUCGACAGCGCGCAAUAUCGCGUCCGGCUGCCAUGUUAUCACAACCAUAUGGGCGACGACAUUCAAAUGCUGGGCCCGACCGCAGGACUGGCCCUCUGUUGCCCCCUCACCCGUCCUCUCUCGACAUACCCAACAAGUAUGGUGGCAACUGCAUUUUCGACAUGCACAUGCUGACCUAUGUCUCUGACCCCGAUCCGAACCUGCUGUGUCCCAUAUGUCACGACCCGCUCGUCGAUCCCGUCACCACACCGUGCGACCACACAUUCUGCUACAGGUGUUUGCGACGCAGUAUUGCGUCAAGCCCUUCCGGAACAGCCUGCCCCAUCGACCGCGAGCUCUUGCUGUGGGUGGACUGUUUCAGUGCGGCUAGACUUGUUCGCACACAGCUCAAUUGCUUGAUGGUUAAAUGCCCCAACCAGGGGCGAGGCUGUGAAAGUGAACUGCGACGUGAAAACGUUGAAAAGCACGCGACAACCGAAUGCCGCUUCCGGGAAUUUACAUGCCCCGAUACUGCGUGUGAUAAGAAGCUACGGGACAAGCCCAAGGAUGAUAAAUGCCGCCACAGGGAAGUAGGCUGCGCCUUGUGCCAUGAUCAGGUAGAAGAAGCGGACAAAGACAUGCAUCUGCUUUCGUGCUCGCAGGCCAAGACGAGAUGUCAAUCCUGCUGGCAGCUGGUUUGCCGGUCACAGAUGAAAUCACAUCACGAUUUGGAGUGCGACGGGGUAGAAGUUGGCUGUCCCUACAAAGACCUGGGGUGUCCGGUCAGGACAAUACGAGGAGAGGUUGGGGCGCACUCGUUCACAUGCGCUUUCCACCCAGACACGCCAUCGGGAAUUGUGAUUCGUAACCAACGGGAAAUUAUUCAGUCGUACGGCGACCUGGGAAGCCAGCUUCGAGACAUGCAACUUCGCCAAGACGAAACCGCCAAGCGUAUUGACGACAUGUUGGCGAAUCGACGGAUAAACGGCGAGGGGGAAAGCCGCAACGACGCCGUGUACAGUGACAACAGAACCAUGCAGGACCUAGAUGCUGGUUUUGAAGAAGUCCAUCAAAACUUGACCCACCUCGAGGCAAGGCAGAGUAUGUGGACACUGAACCAGGUUAUGCCCAUACGCGAGGAGGUGACAGAGCUACGAAACAACAUCAAUAUGAUACGCAUGCAUGUGAACUGGCUGCUGAAUCGGAGUCGCGAAGAGGGCCGCAUCAGAGCCGCGAAUAACACGGGGCCAACAGCGGGGAUUCGCCGCGACAGCUCUGGCGAUGCACCACCUAUUCUGUCAGAGAGACGGAGGUCGUCAAGUGCUGAUAUGGAUGUGCCUCGCUUGUGA